GGCUCCCAGCGCGCGGGAGAAGCAGAAAAAGGAGAAAGAAGAAAAAAGAAAAACCGCCGCCUCCCCCACCCCACCCCCCGGCCGCCGCUCUGCAGCCGCAGCCGCCGCUUGUGGAGCCGCGAUCUCAGUGGGGGAAUCCGAGGCCCCUGACCGGACUCCGGACGCCCCCGGACCCCGAGAUCCCUUGAUGGAGGCUGUAGGAAGAUUCACAGAGGGCCACAGAGGGCCCCAGUGUCCAAAGACUCUGCCCAGACCGCGACCAGGACUCCACCGGGGGCCUGGGCCGUGCCCAGAGAGGCUUCAGCAGGCCCCUGACCGGACUCAGGACGCCCCUGGACCCUGAGAUCCCUCGCUGGAGGCUGCAAGAAGAUGCACAGAGGGCCACAGUUUCCACAGACUCUGCCUAGACAGCAACCGGGACUCCACUGGGGGCCUGGGCCGUGCCCAGAGGGGCCUCAGGCCCCUGACCGGACUCCGGACGCCCCUGGACCCCAAGAUGCCCCGCUGGAGGCUGCAGGAAGAUGCACAGAGGGCCACAAAGCGCCCUAGUGUCCACAGACUCUGCCCAGAUGGUGACCAUGACUCCACCGUGGGCCUGGGUGGUGCCCAGAGAGGCUUCAGGUCUGAUCACUUGGGAACAAACAAGCAUCCACCCAUCCAUUCCUUAGAGAAGGCCCUUGACUGGACUCAGGAUGCCCCCGGACCCCGGGAUGCCGCGCUGGAGGCUGCAGGAAGAUUCCCAGAGGGCCACAUAGGGCACAGAGGGCCACAGUGCGCCCCAGUGUCCACAGAUUCUGCCCAGACAGCGACCAGGACUCCACCGGGGCCUGGGCCGUGCCCAGAGAGGCUUCAGGUAUCACCAUCCGGGAACAAACAAGUAGCUUCCCCACCACAUCCUUCCGGUCGUCAGAAGCAGAGACCUUCCGUAAAAGCAAGCACAAGCAGUAGAGAUGAAUCCUGGUGCCACUCAUUCUGCCUCGGACAAACCCUUGUCCACCACGUUCUGAAGGCCUGGUUUCCUUCCUUCAGGGUGUGGCUUCCAGCCGUUUGCGACUCCUCUGUUGAGAAAUCUGUUUUGUUUUGUGCUCCGUUUUAACUUUGGUUAUUUGUGACUUUGAAAUUUGAUAUUUUGAUGUCUAAUUGCUUGAGCUCUUUAUAUUUUUUUGAAAUCUGUGUGGAUUUGAGUUUUGUGCAUGUUGAUAGAUGUGCAUCUUUUUUCAUUUUUCUACAUGUUGACAUCCAGUUAUGCCGGCACCAUUUGUUGAAGAUGCUUUCUUUGUUUGAUUGACUAAUUUUAGCUUCUUUUUAAAAAAUCAGCUUUUCAUCAGUGUUGAUUACUAGGUGUGUUUUUGAUUUUAUUCUAGUUGUGAAGUCUCUGUUUUGAUGCCAAUACCAAGCUGUUUCCAUUGCUGUCUCUCCGUGGGGGAGGUUGAUGGAUUGUCAUGGCUCUGGAAGUUCCUUUCCUUUGCAGGAUUGUUUCUGCUAUCCUUGUUUUUUUUUUUUUUCUGUAUGAAGUUGAUUAUUGUUCUUUAAACUGACAUUAAUAAUUUAUUGAUAUUUUGAUUUGGAUUGCAAUUAUUCUACAGAUUGCUUUUGGUAGGAUUACCAUUCAUAUUUUGUUUAUCCUCUCUAUUCAAGAACAUUGAGAGAUCUUUCCAUUUCCUGCUGUAUUCAGUGUUUUUCUACAAAAGCUUAAAGUUAAUUUCAUGGAUGUCUUUACCUUUGGUUAGUGUUAUCAGUUAUCAUUUAUUGCUUCAGUGUCCCUGGGUAUGGGUCUCAUUUAAAUCUGGACACUGGAUGGAGAUUAUGAAUAACUGCACAAUAAGAUUAUUUUCGUGUGGCCUUUUAUACAGAGUAAAAAGCGUUACCUUGGCUUUGAAACCCCCCUUUACUCACAUACAUGGUCACGAGAAACUCUUUCCUUUCCUCGCAAGAAACAAGACCCGAAUAAAAAUGAAAAGAAGUUCACAGGAACCAGGGAAAAAAUGCAGAAGCAAAGCAUUCCUUUAUACCCGGUAGAGUGUGAAGAACUGAGCUCAAAAGCCAAUUCUUCGUCCGUUGUAUAGACUCUCACAGAACCUCUGAGGAAUGUGCAGAGUUAGAUUUCACCCACGCUCGGUUUCCCAUGCAGUCGUUUCCUGACUUCGUCUCACGUCCCAAGAGUCGCCUGAAGUCUCACCCAGCUCCAUGUCUCCUCAAUUUCAUACGUUUAAUUUUUAUUAGUGGUCAAAGGUAGUUUAAACCGUAAAGUGUGUAAAUAUUUUGUCUUGUUCGAAUGUAAAACAUACAUCAUCAAAAAUAAAAAAUUAUAAGCAUGAUUAUGAUAAGCAAAUCUCCGGGGUAUGAAGAAUACUUUGUGGGAAUCUCUUGGGAUCUAAUCCCGUCAAUUUGUCAUCAAAAAUGUGUUCAGUGUUAGAGCCACCGGACUCAGGGAAUGACUGAGCAAAACGUCGGUGAUCAUUGAAAGAUCCAGCAGAGGCAUUGCCCAGAAGAUGAGCUCGAGUAACCUUCCAUCCCCGUAAGAAUCAUUUCAUGAGAAAUCACUACAGCCGGAAGUGGUUAGAUUCCAAUCAUAACGCAAAGUACUUUUUCAUUGCAAUACAAAUUUCUUUUUAAACCUACUCGCAUUUUGCUUGAGUGCAUCAAUCUGUGUCUGAGGCCGAGCAUAUUUAAAAUUGCUGAUUCCGUUUCAUGAGAAUCUCUAUGACAUUGCUCUACAAAAUUUUUUUGUACGCAAGGAUGUAGGUAAAGCAGUAACAGCCACAUGGGCAGUAGCAGCAACAGCAAUAAGGUCAAGAAUUACAUGAACUUUGUUUUCUCCAAUAUCUUAUUGAAGAGUUCCACAACAACACGAUCUAUAGAAUCUGGAGCCGAAGAACGACUCAGGUUUACAGGCAUCCAAAUACAUGUGUGUUGCUGUUUUAUCCUAAGUGAUUUUGAGUUUUAAACAUAACAGAGCAAUUAAUACAUGAAUACAAUUAGCUUAUUACGUCAGCUAAUUUCAGUAGUAAAAUGGAAUCUUCCAGAUAGAGAUGCACACGUUAGUGACUCACAGUCAGUAGAAGCGGACACUUCUGUUCCCAGUAAUGAUCCGUUCAAAACAUGACCAGGUUUUACUGCGGCAGCUAUGAUUUUCCAAAUAUGCGUCUGGGACGCAGCAGGGACUGUGAACGAGGCAAUGCGGUCAUCAAUGAUUGUUCCACAUCCCCAUGCCAGAAAACGGCUUCCGUGUAUCGUUUUCUUCUCGGUCAGAUUCAUCCUGGUAACGUUAAGCAAAUCAAAAUUCAUAAUAUUCCAUUCAGAACAAGUGACAAUAAAUUGACCAGUUAUUUUUAAAUAUUUUCCAUAUUUCCCCAAACAAGUAUCCCCUAUAAAUGACUGAUAUUUUAAGCUAUAAUACGUAAAAUCUAGACAAACAGGAGAUGCCGAUUCAUGAUUUUCAGUUCUAUUACCCCAGGUCUCAGUAACGGGCUAUGCUUGGAGUCUUUGAAGACGAGUGCGAGAUUCGCCUAUUUCAAUCCCAGGUGUAACCAGUGCUGAAAUCCCACUGAAAAUCGAGGAUAAUUUUCAAAUCCUGUCCGUCUACCUUUUAUCCACAUAAGUAAAAUUAAUGUGUAUCGUUAUCAAACUUAUCCAGAUAUGUCAGAGUUUUCCAUGGAGGAGGCCUUGCGGGAGCUCCUUCCGCUCCUCCAGCCAUAACCGCUCAGAUACCGGCCCUUUGUGGCCUUGCCUCGCUUCCUUUAAAAAAGCGGCCAC